AUGCUGCUGGUGUUCCGCCAUAAUUUGCAGCUAAUUAUCGAACGUACGACAUUCGUACGGGAUUCGAUUGUUGGAUAUAAAAUUGGAAUUUUUGAUCGACAAAUUUGUCAGUUUACUAUUAAUGGGUAUUCUCCGAUACAUUCACGCAACCUGUCGCUUUUGGAGAAAAUAAUGGCACGAUGA